AUGGGGUUUGCAUCCGCGUAUGACACCUGGGUGUCACCCAUGGCCCGCGAAGCUGUAAUCUUCGGCCCAAUGGUGUGCUUCUGGUUCUUGCUGCAGUACGUCUUCAUGCGAGUACUACCGUCGCGUAUGCCCAACUGGAAGCGACUGACGGCGGUGCAACAGGAUGACAUGAUUGUGCGGUGCUGCAGCAUCAUCAACGGCUGCCUCAUGUCCGUGUCUGCCGUUCUAUUCCUCUCCAACUUCAUCAAGCACGGCUGUGUGGUACCGAGCAACCUGUACGCAACGGUGCCGUACUAUCGGUUCAACAGGGUGACCAUUUCUGCCUACUUCCUGUGGGAUAUCGUUGUGUGCUUCUACUUUAACUGGGCCUGGGUCUGGAAGAUACACGGCCUCUGCAGCUUCGUUGGGUCCUACAUCCUCCUCUUUCCGUUCUCUGAAAGCUACGCGGGGUACUACACCGGCUGUUUUGAGCUUUGCAACGGUUUCCUGCACGCUUCUGUGCUGCUGCGCACUUUGUCAAGCAUCGCUGAUAGGCGGUCGCAGUGGUCACUCAUCCAAACCCUCGACAAGCGCGCCACCGUGUGCGAGUACAUCUUUGGAGGCCUUUACACUCUUAUUCGCGUAAUUGGCGGCACCUACAUCACCGGCAGUUGGCUUUACAACGUACUGAGCACGUGGCGGUCCGAUAUCCUCCAUGGUGGAAAGUCUGGGUACACGCCGAAGCUGCACAAUGAGGUGGCGGCGGGUAUCGCUGUUGCUGCGCUGUCCAUCGUGCAACUGCUACAGUACUUCUGGCUCGGCGAGAUCAUCAAGCGUGUCAUGGAUAGCGGUGUUGGCGCAGAGGUUAAGAGGGGGACCGUUUCUGGCGCCGCUGACGCUGGCAAAUUGAAGGCUAAGGGCAAGAGGGGAAGCUGA